ACCCGCUAUCUUUGUCACUGCUUUUGGAACGAGACUACGCGUAUAUUGGGAAUCCUUUUUUGUUUGAACUAAGACUAACAGAACCGAGGAAGCAUGGUGUCUGCCGGGCUACAGAUGUUGGGCACUGCCCUAGCCAUCAUUGGCUGGAUCAUGACCAUUGUGAUUUGCGCUCUGCCUAUGUGGAAGGUCACAGCUUUCAUUGGGAACAACAUUGUAACAGCACAGAUAACCUGGGAGGGCAUCUGGAUGUCCUGCGUUGUGCAAAGCACCGGGCAGAUGCAGUGCAAAGUCUACGACUCUAUGCUGGCUCUCAGCUCUGACCUACAGGCCGCCCGUGCACUCUGCGUCAUUUCCAUUUUGAUUGGUAUCUUUGGGAUUCUCCUGGCCAUCGCUGGUGGCAAGUGCACCAACUGUGUGGAGGACGAGAGCUCCAAAGCAAAGGUGGGCAUCGCAUCUGGCGUGGCUUUCAUCGUCUCAGGCAUCCUGUGUCUUAUUCCCGUCUGCUGGACAGCCAACACCAUUAUCAGGGACUUCUACAACCCCUUAAUACUCAGCGCACAGAAAUAUGAGAUCGGAGCUUCUCUGUACAUCGGAUGGGCCUUCAUUGGCAUUCUCACAGCCUUCUUGGGAUGGUUGGGAGUCAUCGUGGCAUGUUGUCUGCCUCAGUGGAGAGUAACUGCUUUCAUCGGCGCAAACAUUGUGACAGCACAGAUCAUCUGGGAGGGAAUUUGGAUGACUUGUGCAGUACAGAGCACCGGGCAGAUGCAGUGCAAGAUUUACGACUCCAUGCUAGCACUCACCGCGGACCUGCAGGCCGCCAGAGCAAUGAUCAUUAUUUCCAUUUUGGCUGGCAUCAUUGGAAUCAUGGCGUCCAUCGCUGGUGGGAAGUGCACCAACUGUAUUGAGAAUUCACGUGCUAAAGCUAUGGCAUGCAUCGUGGCUGGAGUGUGUUUUAUAAUCGCCGGUGUGCUCUGUUUGAUCCCUGUAUCCUGGACAGCUCAGAGCAUCAUCGCCGAAUUUUACAAUCCCCUAAUGACGGAUGCACAGCGGAGGGAACUGGGGACUUCCUUGUACAUUGGCUGGGCGGCUGCAGGUCUUAUGCUGAUGGGGGGAAUUCUACUCUGCUUGAACUGCCCUCCCAAUGAGCAGCGCAUCUACAACCCAAAGUACACCAGUACAAGAUUAACCCCUAUCUCCAGGGAAUACGUCUGAUAGACACAGACUAGUCUCAAAAUAUUGCUGUAUAUCCAUGGUUUCUGUUUAGAAUUAGUGCUAGGAUUUGGAAGG